CGUACCCGAUUGUUCUCCGAACGUGGUAACGAACGCAAGCCUUCCGAAACGGUGGCAUCCCCCGAAGAGCGAGCUAAAAGUGGGCUAUAAUGCUCUUAGCGAGCUCUGAACAAACAAUGGCUUUAAGUUGAAGGCUUUCAUGCACUUUUCGAUCUGUAGAGGCCGUCUGGGCUCUUUUGUCUCGGCGCACGCCAUCUGUUCGCCGCAUUAGCGACGGCUUUAACAACACUUCGAGUCUCCUCCUUUCGCCCAGGAUCAACUAAACCCAACAUCGACGAGUCUUGCCGUGUUUAUUUUUUGCGGGCUCGCCGAGUUAAGAACAUUACAGUGUGUCAGUUGAGCCCAACCGGUCUGGUUGACCGGCGACGUCAUCGCCUCCGCGUCUGUUCCCACUUUUUGGGAGCAACAUAACGGCGUUCGCUCGGUCGGAGAAGUCAUCCAGGAUGCUCGCCUCUUGCCCCGCAGUCUGUCAGCCGUCGCCGCCGAAACUUGGUCUGCACGUGAAGAGUGAUCUGGGCCAUGUUGGCACGAGCGAUGCUGUUCAAGAGAGCGCAAGAUGACUCUGAAGCUGGAAUUGCCAAAUGAAUCGGACUCCAGUAGGAUGUCAACAUUUGCCGCUGAGCUGAUGAGCCGGCGCGCCCGCGAGCAGCACCAGCAGCGCCUCUUAGUUCUCAACUUGCACCUCCUGGCCAACCCCGGAGACUCUCUGCUGCUGCAGCACAGCCUGGACCGUCUAAUCCGCUGGAUCUGCCCGAGCCUCCACGUUUUUCACGUGUCUGAGAGGGCUUCUCCCCACGGCGGCUACGCUCGGCUCUGUCCAGAGACUGGCUCCCCUUCCCUUGCCAUCACUUUCUUUCUCCACGAGGCUUAUGGAGAAGAGCGAAUCCUGAAAGUUCUGGACUUUUUCCAGCGGCCGCCGUGGCAGUACCACCACACGGAGAGCUGCAGCAGCAAAUCGGCCGGGCUCCACACUUCCUCCGGCAGCUCGGCCGUCAACGCCCUGUUGCGGCCCUACCUCCUGCCCAGUCGGGAUUUUUACAGCCUGGGCGCGGGGAUGCCCGUGUGGGGCGUCCGACCGGUGCACUGCGGCGGGGAGAUCCUCCGCGUGACGCUGUACAGCGCCUACGACAACUACGAGGACGCCGUGCGCUUCUAUGAAACGGUGCUGCAGCAGCAGGCCGAGGAGCAGAAGACGGGCUUCUGCUGGUUCACCCUCCACACGGAGCCGGGCCUCUGCCUGCAGCUCGCAAUCAAGCAGGUGUCAGCGGGGGUCUGCGUGGAGCCGUGUAACUCCGCCGUGCUGCAGUUCAGCGUGGAUGAAAUCGGCCAGUUGGUCCCCCUGCUGCCCAACCCGUGUACGCCCAUCAGCACGUCUCGCUGGCAGACCGAAGACCUGGAUGGAAACAAGGUUCUCUUCCAGGUGAAAACCCAGACACAAGCCAAGCCACCUUUGACCUGCGCUUUCCCCCUCACCUCCACCGUGCCUCCCCGGGCCAUGCAGCUGAAAUGCGGAGGACACACCCAAAACGUAUCGCCUAGCAACCUCCAGGCUCCGCCAUCCUGGCAAAACCGGUCCGCAGGCCUGAGAGUCGCCGGUGAGAGCGCUCCGGAGAAGCCACCGGGGAGCCAAGGAUCAGGUAGCCUCUGCAGCACUCCCCCAAGCAGCUCUUGCUACUCUUCCCAACGCAGCAGCCCAGCCCCGCCGCCUUCCUCCGACUCCCCCCUGCGUCCCCCGCUCACCCGUUCGCUGUCCCGCCUACUGCCGGAGGAGAACGAGCAGGAGGGGGAAACCAACGUGGACACGGGGAUCCCCGUGCCCGCCGGCAUCACUCGCUCCUCUUCCGUGGAGCUUUUGAGUUUGUGUCAGCCGCGGAACCCCUCGGCCAAAGCGCGGAGCCCCUCCAGGAAGUGGCGUCCCUCGGAUUGCGCCGACGACGUCAGCAAUUUCAGAGCGCGCCGCACAACGGAUUCCUCUUACAAUGAGACGAGCGGCGCCGCCGUGGAGCUUUUUGUCAAGAUGCCGUCAUCACUCGCUAAUGCCGAGGAACAAGCCGACGAGUUCUUCAUCUGAAGCCGCCGGAGAAAGCCACACGAAAGUCCAGCUGGGGGUAAAGUGCCACUUUUGACAUAUUCCGUGACUUGUUGCUCUGACUCAGACUCGUAAAUGCCACAUCAGAAACAUAAGUGUAAAUAUUUGUCCCAAGGGUACAGAGAGCAGUGGACAUUGUGUAGUUUUAUUUCAAUGUUAUUGUGUGAAUGUGCCAUGCGAUUGAUGGGCGACCGGUCCAGGGUGUCAACCUUGACUUGCUUAAAGUCGGCUGAGAUAUGGUCCUGCUCAGCCGCAGGCCGCGACCCCGAUGAGGGUAAACGCUGUUACUCAAAUAUCGUGGGCCAUUAGAACGCCAUAGAAGAUAGGUGGAUGAAUAGUUCUCUAGUUCCAAUGGCUUUGUAUAUCGACACGCAACUAAUGUGUUAUUUUGUGAAUAGGAAAUAUUUUAUUUGCUCGUAAAAUUUAAAAAAACAUCAGCACAGAAGCUGCGUUAUUGGAAUUGAUUCAACGUAGCAAAUCCUUUCCAGUAGGAUUUAUUUUUAACACCGAACAAAUUCUGUUUGUAUAUUUGGGAGAAAUGUGUACCGUACAUUGUUGUGGACAAAUAUUACACCCGAUGACCAAACUUUUGUGGUGUGUAAUAAAUUGUAUUUCAAAAUGAGCUGUUGGAAGUGGUGGAUAAAUCCACUUUUUAUUUGGUAUCACAAGUUAAUAGCACAACUUGAGUUUUAUGACUAAUGAUGUCAAACAUUGUUUGCUGUCUUGUGCCCGUACAUUAAUCACAGUGUUUUCAAAGUGCUGCAUCUUGGGCCUUAUUCAUUAUUUUAGUACUGUUCGCACUUAACGUUUGCUAAGUCGUUUCCAACUCUGCAUCAAAAAGGCUAAUAUUAUACAUGUUCCUCCAAUUAAAGGCUUUCGAAUAAC